AUGAGAGCACUCGCAGUAUGGUCCUCGAGUUUCGGACAAAACGGGCACAGCAAAUUUCACGUUGUUGACAUUGGCUCCCAGAUAGAUCCAUGUGAAGAUUUCUACCAGUUUGCAUGCGGAAGUUGGAUAGCCAAUACUCCUGAAGCACCAUUAAGCUGGGCACAAAUAUCACCAUUCUCCAAAUUAGCCAAGAAGUAUGAAAAAGCACAAAGAGAGCUGCUAGCUUCAGACGAAAGCUCGACAUCACAAGCAAUUACGCAAGCCCGUAGAUUCUAUCGAAGCUGCGUUGAUGCCGAGCAAGAGUGGGAGACCAACGGAAUUUCUGGCAUCAACUACGUUAUGGGAAAAAUCAAGUUUUAUCCAUCGCAAAGUCUGUUCUCGUUCCUUCUCCAAUCUUAUACACUGAAUUUGCGACGCUAUUUCACUGAGUUUCUUGUUCGGCUGAUGAAACUUAUUGCAUCCGACUUGGGUAUAAACUACAGUCGGACCAAUGCAGCACCUGAUAUCUUGGACGUGCGAUCCUUCACAGAAACACUUCACUCAGUAGAAACCCUUGACAUUAUUGUAGUUUUGCACCUACUUAAGAACUUUUACAACGACUCCGGAAUGGUGAGACUGAGCGAAGUGGACGGAACAGUAUACAACGUAAGUCGUGUAGACAUCGCCAGUUCUCCUCCAGAAUAA